AUCAAUAACGCCUAGACGUCAUCACGGCGCGACAAGGAAGUGCAACUAACUACGCGCGCCCUUCACUUUACAGUACAGUACCUGGACACCUUACAAAAGUCUCGUGUUUGUAGUUUAUUAACAGCAUUACUCUGGUUUUCGCCUUUUUUAUGAAGGGACAGAAGUUAACACCAGCAGUGGUUGGGACUAAGACAUCCUUUCGGAGGUUUUAGCGUUUAAUUCGGAUCAGGCAGCAAUGACGGCUCCAAACUCUGCAGAAAGAAAGGCAUGCUGGGAUGCCAGGGACCAGUUAUGGAAAUGUCUGGAUGACAAUGGUGACAAAGCUGCGUCCUGCCAGAAGUUCCAAAGCGAGUUUGAGGCAAAUUGCCCCGCUCAGUGGGUAAAAUAUUUCACCAAGAGAAGAGAUUUCCUGAAAUACAAAGAGAAGAUGCAGACAGAAGGAUUCACACCUGCCGAAGGUCCCCAGCAACCUUCCUAACCACUGGACAGCACACUGACUUUCAGCCUCAUUCAGACCAUGGCCAGAGGGACAGGACUUUAUUAUGGACCUGAACUUCACCUUUAUCAUUAUUUAUUUGUACAGAGAUGAGAGAGAGAUUGGAAAGUACAUGUAAUGUCCCUAUGGAACUUUACUGUCACUUGGAAUAGUUGUGAUCAGUGCAACGCUUACACAGACACAGUACAUCUACACACUCUCAUCCACACAAUCUCA